CGGCCGCCGUUGGCGCGCCGGUGGUCGUGUUUCGUGGUUCAGUUCAGCGCGAAGUCAACUUCAUUUUUGACGUGAUAGUGGUGGGUGAAUGAAGUGGUGUCAAUCGAAGACGAGGCUGCGAGAGACGGCGUGGCGCGCCUUUACCGAGAAUAAUAUUGUGUAGAAUGGGAAGAUUACAGAGGAAUGGUGCUGUACUAGUGGUAAUAUCCCUUUUGAUAGGAACCAAUGGCUUCUACGUGCCCGGAGUUGCUCCAGUGGAGUUUAAGAAGGGUCAAAAGAUCGAUGUCAAGGCUGUCAAAAUGACUAGCAUACACACGCAAUUACCAUACGGAUAUUAUUCCAUUCCAUUUUGUUUGCCCAAAAAUGGAACCAUCUAUAAGUCUGAAAAUCUGGGAGAAGUAUUGCGUGGAGACAGGAUAGUGAAUACUCCAUAUGAAAUUGUAAUGGGGGAAGAUAUUAGCUGCAGGCUUCUGUGCCAUGGACCGUCCAACUUGAUGAAUUGGAGCGAAUAUAAUUCCCAACAAGUUAUUGAUAUGAUCGAGCACGAAUAUUCUGUGCAUUUAUUAAUAGAUAAUCUACCAGCAGCCACCAAAAAGAAGGUUCACAAGGACACAAAUAAAGUGGUUGUUUAUCAAGGCUAUCGGCUAGGUGGAAAGAUGAAUAACCAAGCAUAUAUCAAUAAUUAUCUCAAUCUGAAAUUAAGUUAUCACAAACAUGGCGAGAACGAGUUUAGAGUAGUUGGAUUUGAGGUGGAGGCUCAUUCCGUCGACACAUCUCAAUUACAGUUCGACGGGAACACCUGCAUCCGGCCGGAUUUUAACAAAGUGAGCCCGCAAUUUGUCAGUCCCACGGGCACAAGGCUUCUAUUUUUGUACUCGGUGGAAUGGAGCCAGUCGGACGUAAGCUGGGCGAGCAGAUGGGACAUAUAUCUAAGCAUGAGCGACGUCGAAAUACAUUGGUUUUCAAUCAUCAAUUCUCUUAUUGUUGUCUUCUUCUUGUCCGGAAUUUUGACGAUGAUCAUGGUAAGGACGCUCAGGAGAGACAUAGCUCGUUACAACGCCGGGGAGAGCGAUAGUCUGGCGGGCUUGGACGAAACGAUCGAGGAGACUGGUUGGAAAUUGGUGCACGGAGACGUGUUCCGGCCACCGAUUAACUCGCGCUUAUUCGCUGCUGUAAUCGGCAGCGGCAUUCAGAUCUUCUUCAUGGCUCUCAUUACGAUAUUCUUCGCGAUGCUGGGUAUGCUGUCACCAGCAAGUCGAGGAGCUCUUGGCACCUGCGCUAUAUUUUUAUACGUAUUUUCUGGCUUGGUUGCCGGUUACUUUUCGGCGCGACUGUACAAGACUAUGCGCGGUCGAGAGUGGAGAAGAGCCGCUUUACUGACGGCGACUCUUUAUCCCGGUGUCGUCUUCACGACGUGCUUCUUCUUGAAUUUCUUCAUAUGGGGUAAACAAAGCUCCGGCGCGGUUCCCUUCAGCACGAUGGUGGUUCUGCUGUGCCUCUGGUUUGGCAUCUCAUUUCCUCUAGUCUAUCUUGGUUACUUUUUUGGUUACCGUAAGCAGCCCUUCACUCAUCCAGUCAGAACAAAUCAAAUCCCGAGACAAGUUCCUGACCAGCUAUGGUAUAUGAAUCCGAUAUUGUGCACACUGAUGGCGGGAAUCUUGCCGUUUGGCGCGGUAUUCAUCGAGCUCUUCUUCAUACUGACCGCAUUAUGGGAGAAUCAGUUCUACUACCUCUUCGGAUUUCUAUUUCUCGUUUUCUGCAUCCUUGUGAUCUCAUGCUCGCAGAUAUCGAUAGUUAUGGUCUACUUCCAGUUGUGCGGCGAAGAUUACAGGUGGUGGUGGCGCAGUUUCAUAGUGAGUGGAGGCUCGGCAGUCUACGUGCUAGCUUAUUCCGUUUUUUACUUCGUGACAAAACUAGAGAUCACUGAAUUAGUGCCGACUCUCAUGUACUUCGGCUACACCGCGCUGAUGGUUCUCACGUUUUGGCUACUCACCGGUACAAUCGGUUUCUUCGCCGCAUACGCGUUCAUCAGAAAGAUAUACGCAGCCGUCAAGAUAGACUAGUCAAAAUCUAUCGAUAGUAGUUGCAGUGACAUUGGAGUUAUGGAAGUAAUAUUAAUUUUAAUUUAAUCGAAAGAGUAUGAGAGAAAGGGCUUAAGUUUCUUCUGUAGUUUUAGGAAUUAUGAUGAAAGUGCAGACACAUCUCCAUCUUCCACGGGAUUUCGAAUGAUGAACAUUUAUACAUUCUAUGACUGAUGUGUACGAAUAUAUUCGAUAUAUCAAUAUAAUGUUUCUACAUGUUCAUCUGCCAUUGACGAGCGUAUAAUAAUGAAUAUAUUUUAUUUAAUUGAGUCACGGUUUUUCCCUGUAAAGUACUUACGAUUCAUAGAACGCGCAAAGAGAAAGAGAGGAAAAAAUAGAGUGAGAAAGAAUAAAGAAAGGAAAUCUAAGAGAAAUUUAAUGUUAACAAUGGGACGUUGGCUAUAUCAAUAUCGUUCCUUGUCAACGCGAGAAGGAACUUUGUAAAAAUGUUCAAGUAUGUGAUAUUAGUGAUGGUCAAUAAUGCAGAAGUAUUACGGCGGUGUCGGGUGAGAUGUGUACUCGUGAAUAACGCAACGACAACGUCGGAUGGGUGUAUCUAUCAUCGUAUUCCGUCACCGUUGAUACAUGAUGAUACAUGUAUAUUUUAUAUUUAUGAAUAUACGUGUUCGAAGUCGUUCGUUACUUACGAACACUCACAGUCGACGCCGUACUAUAGCCGAUAA